UCUGAUGGGACAGAUCUCUUGUUUCUCAUAGGUGCAACCAGAAUAGUUUGUUAUGUUAACUGGCUUUUCCUUCCUAAGGUUGUUUUUGCAUGGAAAUUUAGAAGCUGCUAUUUGGAGUAGCAGGGCUUAAACCAUAUUAUACAAACCCUUUCUUUUAUAAUAUCUCUCUCUGUCUGCAACAUUUUUACUCAUUUUAGUGCUGCGUUUAGUGUUGACUCAUUUGAGUGUUGUUACUCGUUUUAGUGCCUGGUCUCUCAGGUUGCGCUCAUUUCUGGCUUGUGCUUUGAGGCAGAUAAAUCGAGCGUCAAACGCAUUCCAAGGAUUUCGCUUAGAAAGUGAAACCUGGCAUCUAAGGAAUGAUUAAGGAGUUGUUUAAAGCUUUAAUUAAUUGAACUGCCCGGGCCGGGGCCGCUCCUGGUGCUGUCAGCGUGCCCGGCCCGGGCUCCCGAGGCGCUGCCAGUCCUGAGGGGAGCGGCUGACCCUUGUGUCUCGUCCCUUGUCCCUUCUCUCUGGUCCCUUGUCCCUUCUUUCUCGUCCCUUGUCGUUUGUUUCUUUCCCCUUUUCGCUCGUUUCUCGGCCCUUGUCCCUUUUCCUUUGUCCCCACCGUCGCGGCCUUUCCAAGCCCGGGCCCGCCCCGGGCCCGCGUGAAGGGGAAGCGGCGGGGCCGGGGGUCCGUCCUGGACGCCUCGAUGCCCUCAGGCUCUGGGAGCCCCGGGAAGGGCUAAACCUCCUCGGAUAUCGAAUUUAGGCUGGCCCGGGACUCCUCGCCAUCCCCCCGCCGUCUCCAGCUCCUCUGAGGGGUUGUGCCAGGAGCGCCCUUGCAGAGGAACCAGCUGCAGGUUUUACACGUUUUUAUUUGAACACGCUGCCAGCAUGAGCGCUCAGCAAACACCGCGUGCUUUCCUUGAGGCAGCCACGGCAAGCAACUCGAAAAAGGCAGAUAAGAAUAGAAAUAAAAGCAAAAAGAUGGAGAAUGAAGCGUCAGAAAAUCCUCAGUUGUCUGACAAAACAGAUUUGGCUCCUUCUGAGGACUCGCAGUCCCUUUCCAAGACUGAAUCACUGGAAAAGGUUUUAAAUGAGGUGAACAAAGAAAUGAAUAACUUGUUAACAAAAUAUGCUGAUGUUAUAAGUGCAAGAACAACAUUGGAUUCUUCUUAUGUCCAGGAACUUGAUGAGAUCUUAAAAGAAGCCAGGGCCACAGAAAACCACUUAAAGCAGAAAAGAGAGAAACUGAAACAGAGAUUCGCUGUCAUUGCCAAUACUUUGUAAAGCUAAAUGGAGUUACAGAAGUGCAGAGCCAAAGUCGUGUUUGUGCAUGAAAACAAACUGUGAUGAGUGUUGUGAUGUCUGUUUCUUCUAUAAAUAUUUCUGUCAGUUCAGGAAACUGCCAACAAGUUUAGCAGCUACUUAGUGUUUAAAUACAUAGUGUCGUGGUGGUUAAUAAAAACAAUUCUGAAUAUCUGUUUUAAAUCCUGUAACUCAAGGGACUAUGACAUUAAGCUGUGUUAACCCAUUAAACAUAGCAAAAAAACAUUUCUGUGAAACACAGAUAUUUAUGAUGUAAGUGGAAAAUGACCUCAGAGUAUUUCAUGUUAACCACUUCCUGGUUAUGUUUUGGUUUUUAUUUUUCCUUUCUACUUUAAAAAAAUGUUUUUGUGAUAACAUCUUAGUAGAAUAUACUUGCAAUGUUAUUUUCGUUUGGCCUCAGAAUGAAAAUAGGUUGAAAAGAUCAGUUUAGAAAUAAGAGAAUUCUAUAAAGAACUUUGAGACAGUAUAAAGUCUUCAUUUCAAAUGCAUUGUAAUACUGGCACGUGUUACUUUUCAAGGCCAUGUUGAUAUAAAACGUAAUCAAAGCUUUGCUGUUGAUGCCAAUAAAUAAAUAGAAAAUGUCAACAUGAUCUGGAUGUACGGUGUUAUUUUGUUACUGGUCUACAUAGCUGUUUGCUGAUCCUCAGUUUUUCUGAGAACACUGAGCCCUUUUCCUUUCUUGUCAUCCGACUCUGUUAAAAAUAAAAAAAGAUGAAGCCUGGAAUGUACAAAGGAUCACUUGUACAAAGCGUGGGGCUCGUAAUAAAGUGCUGGAACAAGAUAUAUUUCCAUCUUUA